AUGACCCCUUCAGGUCCUUACAAUGUGAAGUGCUAUUGCAGUAGAUGCUGUAUCGCUCCGGGAGGAUAUAUUCUACAAACCAGAAAUAACGCUAAAAUUCACGCCAUGAAAUCUCAAUUUGACGAUAUGAAAAGACGUUCUAAUGCUAUUCCAACGCACCAACCUGCGCUUGUUGAACCACUGGUUGAUCAGGUUGACUCCGAUUUUUUUGAAGAUGAUUUAGUGUCUGACUAUGGCGAAGCUUCAGUUACCAAUAAGACAAAUGGCGAUAAUACUUACAAAAAAGAUAUUCGCACUCCAGCGAGCAACAAUGAAAUGCUAGUAAACGACAAUGACACGCCUGUAAAUACCUUUGACACUACAGCCAAUACGAGUGAAUUUCUGGGAAAUCAUAUUGACAGUCCAGUAAAUGCAAGUCAGGCUUUUGAAAAUACUGUCAACCUUCCAGCAAAUGUUACUGGAGCAUUGGAAAAUAUCCUCAACACUCCCGCAAAUACAAGUGGCACUCAAGUAAACAACAAUGUCAUUCCAGUAGUCACCAAGCGUACUAAGUUGUUUGGAAAUGGCAAUGAGGUUAAUGGGAAUGGGAAUGAAGUUAAAGGCAAUAACAACAAGGUUAACGGCAAUAACAACAAGGUCAAAGGCAAUGGCAACAAGGUUGCAGGGGAUAAUAAUAAGGUCAAAGGUCAUGAUAACACGGUUAUCGGAAGUAAAAACACGGUCAUUAGUAGUGGAAUUAAGAUCAAAGGAAGUUUCAGUAAGAUCAAUACCACUACCAAUAAGUCCUAUGAAGAAGUAGACACUAUUAUCAAGGUUGAGGUCGAGUGA